UGUUUUUGUAUUUUAUUUCCCAGUCUUUUUAUAGAACACAUCCAUCCCUUUUUUUUGGAGUACAGGUGGUAACGCCUGGUUUUUUGCAGCUGUUCCAACCUCCCCCUGACUUAGGAAACACAAAAACAGCUGCACAGCGAUUUGCAAAAAGAGGCGAUGGUAUGUCAACUUCGGGGAAUAAAUAUACAGGAUCUAGCUUAGUGAAACAUGGCUGAAGAUUACUGGGAGUCCACAGCGGCCCUUGGAAAGCACUGACACCGAGUAAAGCAUCCCUUUCGAGGGCUGAUUGGACGGUGGCUGCCCCCUCAGCCCACCCUCCUCUCCCCCCCCCCUCCCAGCCCCCCCUCCCCCUGAUGGACAGGAUGAAGAAGAUCAAGAGGCAGCUGUCCAUGACCCUGCGGGGGAACCGGCCCACCGAGAAGAACCUGUCCGAACUGACUGAGCCGGUCAAUACAGAGGACAGCGCGGCCAGCGACAACGAGCCCAUGGUGAGGAAUGGGAAGCCGGUCGGCUCCCACAGCAUGCACUCCUUCCUGCACCAGUAUGCGUCCAGCGCAGCCGCCUCUCUGCGCAAACCUCCCCUCCGUCGCCCGAACCGCACCGUGGGGCGCAGCCUGAGCUCCUACCUCAACCGCAGCAGCCGGCUAGAAAUCGUGCACGAGGAUCUGAAGAUGGGCUCGGACGGGGAGAGUGACCAGGCCUCGGCCACCUCUUCGGACGAGGUCCAGUCACCGGUCAGAGUGAGGCUGCGCAACAACCCUGCCCGCAAGAUCUCCAGCGAGGACAUUAACAAGCGUCUCUCCCUGCCUGUGGACAUCCGGCUUCCAGAUGGGUACCUGGAGAAGUUUGCUCUCAGCAGCCCCCCGUUUGACAAGCCCCUGAGCCGACGUCUCCGCAGGGUCUCUCUGUCUGAGAUCGGGUUCGGGAAGCUGGAGACGUACGUGAAACUGGACAAGCUGGGAGAGGGCACCUACGCCACAGUGUACAAGGGAAAGAGCAAGCUGACUGAUAACCUGGUGGCGCUGAAAGAGAUCAGGCUGGAGCACGAGGAGGGGGCUCCCUGCACGGCGAUCAGAGAGGUCUCAUUGCUGAAAGACUUGAAGCACGCCAAUAUCGUGACUCUGCACGACAUCAUCCACACAGAGAAAUCCCUGACGCUGGUGUUUGAGUAUCUGGAUAAGGAUCUCAAGCAGUAUUUGGAUGACUGUGGCAACUGCAUCAUGAUGCACAAUGUGAAGCUGUUUCUGUUCCAGCUCCUGAGAGGGCUGGCCUACUGCCACAGCAGAAAAGUCCUGCACCGAGACCUCAAACCGCAGAACCUGCUGAUCAACGAGAGAGGGGAGCUCAAACUGGCCGACUUCGGUCUGGCCCGUGCCAAGUCCAUCCCCACGAAGACGUACUCAAACGAGGUGGUGACGCUGUGGUACCGGCCCCCCGACAUCCUGCUGGGAUCCACCGACUACUCCACCCCCAUAGACCUGUGGGGGGUUGGCUGUAUAUUCUACGAGAUGUCCACUGGACGGCCGCUGUUCCCUGGCUCCACUGUGGAGGAAGAGCUACACUUUAUCUUCAAGCUGCUGGGAACCCCAACCGAGGAAACCUGGCCAAGAAUCACCUCAAACGAGGACUUCAUAUCCUAUAACUACCCCAAAUACAGACCCGAUUCACUCUACAACCACGCGCCCAGACUUGACGGCGAUGGUGUAGAUCUGUUAUCCAGACUUCUCCAGUUUGAAGGCAGGAAUAGAAUUUCGGCAGAGGCUGCGAUGAAACAUCUUUACUUCCACUCGCUGGGAGAGAGGAUCGUCAGACUGCCCGACACUACUUCAAUAUUUGCACUAAAGGAGAUCCAACUGGAGAAGGAUCCAGACUUCCGAACGACUUCCAUACCCGACUCAGUAUCUUCCUCUGACACUGGCACUGAGUAUUUCCAGUCGUCCAAUCAGAUUCGAGCUGGCAACGAGCAUGCGCUCUGCUCGUCCUAAAGCUGCAUCCUCAUUGGCUGAAACCAAGCGCCAGCUCUGCGACCUCCAGCAGCAAGCUGAGGAGACAAAGUAUGCUGUUUUAAGAAAAUGAAAUAGAAAAAAAAAGAUUAUUAUUAUUAUUAUUAUUAUUAUUAUUAUUAUUAUUAUUUGAAUUGUGUGUUAUGUCGAAUUCUGUUUUGGAACUCAUGUUUAGGAUUCUUUUUCGGAACUCCAGACCCGAUGACAUCACGGUUAAAGGACAGCCCCCACCCCGCCCCCUUUUCCUGUACUAGAAACUGGAAUGCAAAGAAAGGAUAACGUUUUUUUGAUCAUGGUUUUAACAUUCAUUUUAUUUUUUAAUUGUAGAUGUACAUGAUGUUGUGUUGUGUUUUUUUUUUGUACAGGAGAAAAUGAAGUAGACCUUUUUACCUUCAUCAUAGCACAGUAACUUGAUUAGCCAGUCUUUCCAAUAAAUUUGAUUUUAGCUUCGGAAAGUGACACGCGGGCUGUAUUGGUCUUCCGAGAGAGUGAAAUAUGCAGCUCGGUUGUUAGCUGUCAGUGUUAGUUUGGAUCUGGGUUCAACUACAGUUUGUGAAAUGACAAUUACAACGCGUUAUGCAGCAGGAAUUCAUUAUCGUUACAGUGACACUAAAAGUGACAGAAGCCAGUACCCACUCUAACAAUUACAAUUACGCAGAUGUGGCAGUUGCAAUAUAUUUGCAAUUAAUUACGAAUUGCACACUUAAAAUUGGAAUCCACACCAUAACAUUUAAAACACUAUUUAUUAUUUUUAACUGGGACCUGCCAGUGCAGGUUUGAAAUCCUUCGUUUCUGUUUUAUUUAUUGUAUUGGUUUAAUAAAAAGUGUGUGUGUGCGUGCAGAUAGGCUUAGUCAGUUUAAUACCGGUACGUCAGAACAGAACACUGAAUUUCGAAAGAGUUCCUGCAGACUAGAGGGGUGUGUUAAUAUUUGUAUAUUGUGGCUGAAAUAGUUUCCCCUUUAAGUGGUGUUCUUACAUUCCAUCCACAUGUGGAGAUGGUUUGAAGAAUACACAGUGCUGACAGAGACGUCAAACCCAGUUUGGGAUGGCUCCCUUAGUUACUGGUUUUGCUGGCUGCAGUGUGGAAGGCAGCGGCUUCGAGUAGCUCAGUGGUUGGAGAGAGAAAGAAAGCAAGCACUGGGCUGCAGUGGGUUUUAGUAGCUCGGUGGUUAGAGUGCUGGGCUGCAGUGUGGAAGGGAGCGGGUUCAAGUAGCUGUCUGUUGUCCGAUUCAGCACUAGUGCCAGUGCCAUAUUAACAGUAAGAUGCUACUGUGGUCAAACCUUGGGACUGAAAUUCAAUGUGCAACACUCUGCAGUCUAUGGUCUCUAUAAUGUAGCAAAUGACUCCUAUCUACAAAUCAUAUUAUUACAAGAACUGGUGUUAUUUACAAGCUGGUCGGUGGGGGGCAGGGGGGGGGAGAGUGAAUGCAAUAAUGGUGUUGAGAAGCAGCUGUAUUAUUUACCAAACUCAAAUGAACGUAUUUUGCUGUAUAGAAUUGUGAGGCGAAUCAUCUUUUGAAGCAGUUCAAUUUGCGAUGAAUGCGUUUUGAUGUUUUUGCACAGAGUACGAAAAAUAAAGCAGGUUAUUUUAAAAAAAAAAAAAGGAAAAACAAGUGUAUUUAUUAAUCAAAAAAUUAAGACCACGCGAUCAUCCACACUCAGGGUGUUUAAUGCUUCCACAAAUACAGGUGAACCGAACUGAAAUCCUUUAUCUGUUCUAAGAGCAGCGCGUUUAAAAAGGCUGUUGCGUUGAAGUUUCUAUUUGUGGGAAGAUUUUAAAUGAUCUUUAUAACCCCCGUCCCAGCUCUUGUCUUCCAUAUCUUUUGCAAUAACACCCCCCCCACACUUCAGCCAAUAUUACAGCUGCCCCCCCUUACCCCCCCCCCCCCCCUCUCCGAACCCUUCAAGUCAGAUGGUAGCUUCUGUUGAUUUUACAUCAAGAACACGUGUAUGUUUAUUUUUGGAAAUGUUAAUGGUAUGCAAGCUGUAAAAUAUAUUAAAGGUAACUAUUAAAAAUAUAUAUGUUUGAAUGAA